AUGACCGCGCAAUCCGAGGAAACAAAUCGUCUCUUGAGCCAAAUAUUGGAUUCGAUCAAAGCUCUGGAUUACAAUCUUCAAAGCCAGAAUAAACGACUUGAAGAUCUCGAGAAGGUCGGACCAUGCUCAAAAGAAGCCGCCGAGGGAGCACCGCAAGCUCGGAGAGUGCAAUCUUACAAGUCAACCACUGAGGAUGACCAGGACCCGUUCUGUUUCCCAGAGCCUCAUGAAGUAAUUCACGCCUAUCACGCACUUGCGAAUGGUCGUACCGAGCUUGGUGAGCAAGCCAAACUAUGGACUGCGAAGAUUGGAGAUAUCUGGACUUUGCCUCGAGACCAUCGGAUUGACCUUGGAUUUCAACGAUACAUGCUAGAGAAGCUGCAAGGUUACGACCUCGCUUUUCGACUCGAAGCCUUGCAAAUGUUCAAUAAUCUGCUGCUAGAUACGGAAACGCCUUUAAAGCCAAGAUCUACGAAGCGUAGAAAUUGGUUCAGACAUCUGACAGUUGAGGACAGUUUCCCUAACACACCGUUCUGGACUCAUGUGUACACAAUUGGUCGAGCAGACUCUAGGGAGCUACAUAAGCUAGGUGAGGAUGCGGACUCGAGGCCUUUCGAGCAACAAGUGCCACCAUCGACGGCUGGACGAAUAAUUCAACACGCCCCGUGGCAGAGAUUGAUGUAA